AUUAUAGAAGCCUCUGCUUCUCCCUCGUGAAGACGAGAGAGUGUGUUUGUGUGUGUGUUUACAUGUUAAUUAUUAAACAAGCCUUUUAGAAAACCUGCUCGGCGGUGAGGGUUUUGUUGUUAAACGAAACAAAAAUCAGCGUUCGUCGUCAAUUCUCGCGUUUUGUGGUGAAAAUAAAAAUGAAAAAUGCGGCACUUUGAUGCGUUUCCUACGAAGGGGGGAAGAAGGGAGAUGAACGGCGCUAAAUGAUCGCGUGAGGCGUCUUGGCAAGGAGAUAAACAUUCACCAAGGGAAGCUGACUUCUUGAAGUUCCCUUGACACAAAGAGCAAUAAUGACACCUGAGGCCCCCAGACGGGGCUGGACCCAUCACCACUUUUGUGUCUUCCUACUCACCUUCUUUAGCUAUGCAUUUUUCCACGUGACGCGAAAAACAUUUAGCAAUGUUAAAGUCAGCCUGUCGGUCCAGUGGACGGGUACACCCACCAACGAAUCAACGGGGACCCUAUACCCACCAGAGGUGUGGUCAGCUCAUCAGCUCUUUCCCGACGAAAACAAUGCAUCGCUCUUCCUGGGAGCGCUGGACACCAUCUUCCUCUUCUCGUACGCUGUGGGAUUGUACAUCAGUGGCUACCUUGGGGACAGGUUUAACCUGCGCCUGGUGCUGACUCUAGGAAUGUGCUCUUCUGCUAUUGUGGUCCUGGUGUUCGGCUCUGUGACUGAGUGGCUGGGUUUUUACAGCAUGCCCUUCUAUGCUGUGAUGUGGGCCGUCAAUGGCUUGCUGCAGUCCACGGGAUGGCCUUGUGUUGUGGCCAUCAUGGGCAACUGGUUUGGCAAAGACAGUCGUGGGCUAGUGUUUGGGCUGUGGAGCGCCUGUGCUUCUGUGGGGAACAUCCUAGGAGCUCUGCUCGUCUCUGGCGUGCUCCGGUUUGGCUAUGAGUAUGCAUUCCUGGUCACUGCGUGUUGCCUGUUUGCCUCUGGAAUUGUCGUCUUCUUUGGGCUGGUCAGCUCUCCGCUGGAGGUCGGAUUACCUGCUCCGGAUUGUGCCGAGGAUGGAGCCGGCGAAUCGGUGAACUGUGCUGAGGCCGUUGAGCAGACUACGCUGCUUGGUGACCCCGUGAGCCCAGCUCCGGCAUUGGGCUUCUUCCAGGCUGUGUGUCUGCCUGGUGUGGCGUUGUACUCUCUGGCAUAUGCCUGCCUCAAGCUGGUGAACUACUCGUUCUUCUUCUGGCUUCCCUUCUACUUGUCGGGACAUUUCGGCUGGAGCGAGGCGGAUGCAGACCGGAUGUCCAUCUGGUACGACGUGGGAGGAAUAAUCGGUGGAGCGGCGGGGGGAUUGGUUUCUGACCGUUUGGGCAAGCGAGCUCCCAUCAUCACCCUCAUGCUCGUCCUCGCCACGGGCUCGCUGGUCGGAUAUAAAUAUUCUCCGAACAAUAAAUCGGUGAAUGGCUUAUUAAUGGGCGUUACAGGAUUUUUCGUGGGAGGGCCAGCAAAUCUGAUCAGCUCGGCCGUUUCGGCAGACCUGGGCCGACAGGGGCCCGUUCAGGGAAACCAGGAGGCUCUGGCCACUGUGACGGGGAUUGUUGAUGGAACGGGCAGCCUGGGAGCCUCCGCGGGGCAGUUUUUGGUGGCCGUCAUAAAAAACAAACUUGGCUGGGGAUGGGUGUUUUAUCUCUUCAUUUUGAUGACGCUGCUCACCAUCGUCUGCCUGCUGCCCCUGGUCAUUCGUGAGGUCAGAGAGCUCAUCGCCUCCAGUCGCGUCAGAAGGGACAACACAGGAGCAGCAGCAGCAGCAGCAGGACUGCUGAUGGACGGCAGCAGUGUCUCUUGACAGCAGCUGUCAACCUGCUGCGGACCAGGAGUCCCUCAUACACUUGGCCUCCUCUUCCCACGAGGCACCAGCGGAGAGUCAAGUGUCAAGCUGAUCAUUAUCCUCCUCAACCGUGAUCAGUCCACUGCUGGAUGAAGGCCUCCCCAAGUCGUCGUCUUCCCCUCACGGUCCCGCGAUACAACAAUCCACUCGGCACCUGCACACGAGCCUGACGCAUCGCUCCAUCUCCACGGUGGAUGUCCUCAUGGGUGCGUUCCUUCCUUUGGCUGGUGCUCCGUAGUUAUUUUCGCCCACCGGUCUUCGUCUGUUCUAUCGACGUGUCCUGCCCAACCGCCAUAUUUCUUUGUCUAAAACGUAGAGAAGAUACACGUCACCAAAUGCCACCAUGCCACAGUAGGCGCUGCCUUCAAAUGCAAGUAGCCCAGCCCUUGUCGAACGUUCCAUUGCUUGUUUGCUUCAACGUGAAGUCAUCCCAUUGGUACACAAACCUUUUACAAAGAGAUGUGUAUAUAUCAAUGCAUUGAUGUUAUGCACAUUUUAUUGUACUGUCUUGAAUAACACUCAGGAUUAGGGAGGUGUUUAAAUCCAAGAUUGAUAAUAUAAACACAAUGCAUCUGGCAAUGUUUUUGCCCAUCCCGGGUUUUGUCAUCACGGAUUUGACCAUUCACCCCUAAUUAUUGAGGUAUAGUUCGCCAAUUGCGUCCCUGUGGCUUGGCCAUCCACGGUUGGCCACGAGUUUCCUGGAUACAUUGUAAACAAGUACUCUUAACUGCAUUGCUCAAGAAUACACAUGCCAUCUUGUCCUCCCAUGCAGCCGAUUGCGGGUUGCAGUUCACGUGUUCCCAGGAUCCAGUGAGGCAGUGUGAUCAGGUUUUUACGUAUAAGUUUACGGUAUCGUGCUGUAUGCUGCGUUAAUUGUUAUUCUGUUCAUUUACUGUACAAGUUAUAUUGAACACUAUAGAAAAUAUGAAUAAUAUUUUACAUAAAGAAUGCUUCGUGUUUCACUUUGGGAUUAAUGUAGAGUAACAGAACAAAAGGAGGGGUGGUGGGUGUCAUAUUACAAACUCUGAACCAAACCAUAUUCUUCCCACAUGCCUUUGAGUUUGCGGAUUGUGGAUUUGCUGAUUGCGGCGAUUUUCCAGAACGUAACCCCUGCGAUGAGCAAAGUUUGGGUGUAUUUGCAUUACCUGUCGCGAUGUUACGUAUAAUGCUGUACGGUAUUUUUCAAUUCACCUUAUUGUAAGUUUUCUCACUUGAAGCACAAUACUUGAAACGCAGUGAUUGUUUUGAAUACAUCACGUGUGCAAUCGUGACUCCUCGUGUGCAUCGUCACAAUGGUAUCGUGAUGAUAUAAUGGCGAUUGCUCAUAGCAAAGUUUACGAAUACUGGAGGUUUGUUUUGUUCUGAAGCGGUUGUGUAAUUACCGGUAAUGAAACUUGCAUUUUAAAACAUUUAUUCUUCUAUUUUUUUCGUGUUCUGUGCAUUGAAAUUAUAAUUAUCAUUCUUUUGAUCAGAAAUUAUUUUCAAACACUGUAUCUUUUACUAGACUCGCAUCUUGGUGAUAGUUUAUUUGCAUGCAUUUUUGUUGUUGUGUGAAAACGGGGCAGCUCUUUCCAUUACGAACAAUGGGGGAAACUGCCAAAGCGCGGUGCGUUUUAACAGUUUCGGACAGGCGUCGUUCUAUCCGGCAGUGUGAUCUAUCUGUCACUGCAUUUUUUUUUUAAAUAUAGAGGACUGCGUUGAUACAUCCAACACCUUGAAUUACACAUGAAGGGUCACUGCCGCUGCUGAGGGAUUUUUUAACUGCAUCGUAUUGUUUUUUCAUGGGACGGCUUAACCCGUCCGCAGCAAAACCUUUCGGUUUAACCAUGUCGAGAUGGUUUAAAGGAAAACGCCGCCAAUACAAUAAAGUAUCUAUUAUCGUGUAGAUACAGUACAAUGAUUUGGAAUUGAUAUGUGGGUGGGGCCACAAUGAUUUGACCUUAUUUGUAUCGUUCAGACCCCCCCCACCACCACCCACCCGAUGCAGCCAAACAAAUGAGUCACGUGUGCAAGCGUUUAAAUGCGCCAGUGAUCUAUUUCAGCUGAUGGGUAAGUUGGAGAAGAAGUCUUGCAGCCAAAUGUAGGCAUUAUACAUGGAACAUACUUAAGCUAGGUGUGUCGUGCUGUCCAAUAGUGAGGUUAGAAGAUUCGUGUAUUGUAGUUGCCUUUAUUUAGCAGGGAGGUGAAACGUAGGCCUGUUGAGACACAUGAUUCAUGCAAGGGUGACCUUGGUUACAUGAAUUCAUUUAGAAUACAACAGUAUUUUAAAUCCAGACGUUAACUAUUUAAUGCAAAUUCAUUAGCAGUUAAGAAGGUGAAUUGUACUUUAAAAAUUAAUGUACAAGAUGUCAUUUUUAAUGAGUUAUAUUCACUGCAGUGCCAUCCAUAGUAAACGUUUUAGUAGUACAUUUCAGUGAUAUCAUUGGAUAUCAUUAGAUAUUACUGCAGGUUACUUAACAUGCAUUCUCAUUCACAUAGCUUCAGUCGUGUGAGAUUGGCUGAUGAUAUACACAGAUUUGGUGUGUAGCUAUGAGAUUAUAGCAGUUUUUUUUGUUGCAUCUUCCUUUAAACCUGUCACAUCAAUAGCAAUACGUAUUCGUCACCAGAAUAAUUUGGUGAGUAGAAAUGAAUGGUAAGUGAUUACAUAUUGCCGGUCUGCAGUAUACUACUGUAUUAGCUCAAAAAUUGAAUUGAGUGAGCAUAAAUCGUGUUUGUGGAUACUUGAUAUCGUCUGGCCAUUUUUAAAAUAGCAAACGUAAUUAUUUCAGUGGAUGCAUUACUGUGGAUGCGUACUGUACGCACCAAUAAUACUUGGGGCCAUACAUACGGGUUAUAUUAAUAUAAAUUAAGGCAAAUGAUUAAUUUUAUAGGUCGAAUUGAGGAUCAAAAAAAUAUAUCAAAACAGGAAAAAAUGAAAAUAUAGGAAUAUCAUUUGGAGUAUGUUUUAAACAAUUUAUGUUUACUUCGUGCUUGUAUUCUGUAUAAUUGGCCAAACCCCCCAAAAAAUAAGAUCGUGCACGAAUCCUAUUGGUUGGGGAAAACCUAAGUGUUAAAAUAUAUGCAUUUGAAUGAAUUUUAAGACAAUAUUCUGGAUAUGCGUUUGUUCUAUAUAGAAUUAACAGGUAAGAUAUCCUUAGAUGUUUUGUUCAGCCACAGAGUUUAAUUAAUGACUGUUAUGAAGUGGGUACUGUCAAUAGCAAUAGAUUAACGCGGUAUGGAUGUAUGUAUGUUGAACUUUUUUCCCAGAGUACGUAGUCAACCGUGCGAAUGGAAUGUGCAGGUGGAAGGACAACGAACUAAACACAAAAAGCAGUUCCAAACAAUUUUUCAACCUCGAUUUAAAAGUUCAUAGCUCAAGUGGCUUCGUAUAAUGUUCUAAAUAUGUAAAAAAAGUCGGGUUCUUUCAAAGCACAUUGUUACAAUGCACACCAAUGACAGUUGAGUUUUUCAUGGACUCAAGUAUCAUACCCAUUUAUGUGUUGUAUCAUCUUGAAGGUAAAACUUACUCAAAACAUACGGUUAUGAUUAAUA